UAUGAAGAAAAAGGAAAAAGCUUAGAAGGAGAGAGAAAGAUAGUGUGUGUGAGAAAAGAACAGAAAAAGAGGCAGAGCUGGUCGUGUCGGCUUCGACCAAACAUUGACGAGAUGUACAUGCAAUAGCAUAUACUUGUGUGUAUAUAUAUUUUUUAGGAUUCUAAAUAAUUUUAUAUUUUUAUUUAUAUUUAUCGAUCCAUUUGAUUCAGUGCCCUAAUUCUGUUUCAAGGUUCAUCUGAGUGAUAUCUUGUGGUGUUUGGUGGUUCUGUUAUGUCAUUUGCAAUAGCAGCGCCUUUGAAUCCCUCCUCGGGAGCACCCGGUUCAGGGUCCAACAAUGAAACUUUGUACAAGGAACUAUGGCAUGCCUGUGCUGGACCUCUUGUCACCCUUCCUCGUGAAGGGGAGCGAGUUUACUACUUUCCACAAGGUCACAUGGAGCAGCUGGAAGCAUCAAUGCAUCAGGGGCUGGAACAGCAAAUACCUUCAUUUAAUCUGCCAUCUAAAAUUCUUUGUAAAGUGGUCAAUGUUCAGUGUCGGGCCGAACCUGAAACAGAUGAAGUUUAUGCACAAAUAACUUUGUUGCCAGAACCUGUUCAAAGUGAGGUUAGCAGGCCAGAUUCACCUCUCCCAGAACCUGAGAAGUGUACUGUCCAUUCAUUUUGCAAGACUCUUACUGCAUCUGAUACUAGCACCCAUGGUGGAUUCUCUGUCCUUAGGAGGCAUGCAGAUGAUUGUCUACCCCCACUAGAUAUGUCCCAGGAGCCACCAUGGCAGGAAUUGGUUGCUACUGAUCUGCAUGGAAAUAAAUGGCAUUUUCGACACAUUUUCAGAGGCCAACCAAGGCGUCACUUGCUCACCACUGGAUGGAGUGUGUUUGUUAGUUCUAAAAAGUUAGUCGCUGGUGAUGCAUUCAUUUUUCUGAGGGGUAAAAAUGGGGAGCUGCGUGUCGGAGUUCGGAAGCAUAUGAGACAACAAACAAAUUUGCCAUCUUCAGUUAUAUCUAGUCACAGUAUGCAUCUAGGUGUACUUGCAACUGCUUCUCACGCCGUUUCAACUGGGACACUCUUUUCUAUCUUCUACAAGCCUAGAACUAGCCGAUCUGAGUUCAUUGUUAGUGUCAACAAAUACCUUGAAGCUCAAAAUCACCAGCUUGCUGUUGGGAUGAGGUUCAAGAUGACAUUUGAGGGUGAGGAAGUUCCUGAAAGAAGGUUCACUGGUACAAUAGUUGGUAUGGGAGAUAACAGAAGUCCAGUAUGGCCAGACUCAGAUUGGAGAUCCUUAAAGGUUCAAUGGGAUGAACCUUCAGCAAUCAUGCGUCCAGAAAGGGUAUCACCAUGGGAACUGGAGCCUCUUGUUGCUGCUUCUAAUACUUCAAACUCCCAACCACCACAGAGGAACAAGCGGCCACGACCACCUGUGUUACCAAUACCAUCCUCCGGCCCAGAUCUUUCGGUCCAUGGUAUGUGGAAAUCCUCUGUUGAAUCUCCUUUUUCAUUUGGUGAUUCACAACAUGGUCGAGUCCUCUACCCAUCACCAAAAUUCUCUUCUGCAUCGAAGGGCAGCACUCUUGGUUUUGGUGCAAGUAGUCCACUGGCAGUUGUUUCUAGCAACUCAAUGUAUUGGCCGAACCGAGUGGAAAACACACCUGAAUCUUUUACACCAGUAGCCAGCAAAGAAACCAAUGAGAAGAGACAGAGUACUGGGAAUACCUGCAGGCUUUUUGGCAUUCAGCUAUAUGAAAACUCCAAUAUUGAAGAUGCUACACCUGCUUUUACCAUGUCUGGAAUGGUGGGUGAUGAUCAACCACUUCCUUCUGCAGAUGCGGACUCUGACCAGCAUUCUGACCCAUCAAAUAUUAAUAAGUCUGAUGUUCCUUCUGUAUGUUGUGAUGCUGAGAAGACAUGCCUUAGAUCUCCUCAGGAGUCGCAGAGCAGGCAGAUUCGUACUUGCACAAAGGUUCAUAUGCAAGGUAUUGCUGUCGGGAGGGCUGUUGAUUUGUCACGCUUCAACAAUUAUGACGACCUUCUCAAGAAAUUGGAGGAGAUGUUUGACAUCAAGGGAGAGCUCUGCGGAUCCUCCAAGAAAUGGCAGGUGGUCUAUACUGACAAUGAAGAUGACAGGAUGAUGGUUGGAGAUGAUCCCUGGCAUGAGUUCUGUGACAUGGUGAGGAAAAUUUUCAUCUACACAGCGGAAGAAGCGAAAAAGCUGUCGCCCAAGAUUAGUAUUUCGGCCAAUGAAGAGGUCAAACCAGCCAAACCUGAUCUCGACACAGUUAUGAACACCGAGGAGCAAUCAUCUAUCAUUUGACCUGGGUGCUGAUGGAGGGAUAAAAAUAAGCUGACUCAAAAAAAUUUUCUCUAUAGGUUGUUCAGUGUCAUUCGAACAGAGUGAGAGUUGCCAUAGAUGAUUGCAAUUUGGGUGUCAAAAAGUUUCUUGUUUAGCUUUUGCCGAGGGAAUCUUAUAGUGUAGUUAGCUCAUUCGAAGUAUGAAUGAGCUUAUAAGUUUGUUUAGUCAGUCUGGUGAUUAGGUAGGGAGAUGGAGAUUAGAUGUUCUUGUUUCCUGUUUCCUUUUUCUCCAAUGAUAAUAAAAUCUUUUUUCCUUUUUA